CAGCUGUAUUACUGGCAUUACUGCUAACAUUUAAUAAGGAACUUUCAAUAAUGCCUAUUUCUAUGGAUAUUUACAUCAUAAGUAAAUCAGUCUCGAUAAAUGUACAUGCUUUAAAUAAUUUAAUGGUUCUAACAAUACUUAUUUUAUUACUAACCCCAAACUUAACAACUAACUGAGACCUAACUAUACUGAAGAGUACAGCCGUCAAGUUUUUAGCAUGGAUUAUUAUCUGAAUUCAUAUCUUAUCAUUCAUACAUCUGAAUUACAUUGUUCACAGAUUAACGAAUCCAGUGCCAUCAACUUCGUCCAGAAGCUUCAAAAGACGGAGGCGUUGACUGCAGCGACAAUGAUCUCCGUCCAAGAAUGUGUCCUGGCGUUGAUUUUAGCCGUAUCAACCUUAUACACUUCAGCGUCUCAAAGCGUGCGGUGCUACAAGUGUUCUCCUGAGAAGGAAUUCCACACGAGCACAACCCGUCUCUGCACCCACUUCGACGCCAGCGACGCCUACAUUGUAGAGUGCAACUCAUCCACCAUGUGCUUCAAGAAAAUCACUACCCUCCAACUGGGGAACGGACUUACAGAUGUAACCAGAAGCGUGGAACGCGGUUGCGCCGCGCAAACCUGGGACGGUGACCAGAGGAAGGUAAAUGGAAAAUGGCGGAAAGUGAACGAGAUAUACGAACCUUACGAGGAGUCUUGCAAGGACCACUCGGGCGAUGAGCGCCCUACUAAAUCUACUGAAUGCUACUGUAGGGGAGACUUGUGCAAUAGUGCUUCGAGUCUGAGGAUAUGUUUAGCUUUAUUUAUACCAAUAUUAUUUCUUUUUUAUUGAGCUAAUGAUAAAAAUAAAUACUGACGAAGUUUUGAAUACACUUUAGGGAAUAUUAUAAACCCUUUUUACCUUUUAAAUGUCUAGCGACAAAGCGCGCAAAUUACUUCAGCAUGUAUUUUUGGAGGAUUUUAACCCUUUAUACAGCAGUGGAAAUAUAGUAUUAUUUCGAACUUUAUUCCCUAAGGUCCAAAAACGAUGAAUAUUUUGGACUUGUUAUGCCCGUUAAAGGCUUAGUAUCAUUUACUUGUAUUUUAAAAUAAUGCUAAUAAGGAUAAUUUAAACAAAUUCCAUGUAGCGGAUUCUUUUAUUAUUGAUGACAACAACAAUGAAUAUUGUUGCAGUUGGUCGAGGAUAAGGAAGGAUAAUGUUCAUUAGCGAUUGUUUAAUACUCAAUAUAUAUGUUAAUUACCUAUUUUUAUGAAUCUGUACAUAAUACUGCGGCAAAACAAUCUAUAAUUUAAUUAUAAAGCUGUACUCGUGUUAAUUGUUUCGGAACUGUUAACCAUAAUUUAUUAUUAUAGUUUCAACAUUAUAAUGUAUGCAAAUGACAAGUAGCAAUGUUUAACAGCCGGCUGUGACCUUCACAGUCACAUUUACAAAUAAACAAAAGUGUGAAGAUUGUAUAACAGAAUAGUUUAAACACAAGUUAGAGAGUGCAUGAAAUGCAGCGUUAUCACUUGUAGUCAGUUUAAGCCGAUAAGGUAGAUGGAAACACUGCUUCAUACCGAGAAAAAGAUUUUUUAACGCAUUCUUUACAAAACUAGGUCAUAAGGACACCAAAAACAUACAGAUUAUUAUGUUUUGGUUUCUUCUGACACUGCCUAUUGUAGAAACAGUUUUUAGUAUGAAAAUUAUUGCUUAAAAGUAAUAUUGUAAAUAUCUUACUUCAUUUCAUACUUCUUAAAAAAUACAACAUACAUUUUUACAACAAUUUUACGGGUUUCUUAUCUGCCAAUAGGUUAAUUAUGUAAAACUCGAAUAUAUUGUAUAAAUAACAAAAUAGGUUCGCUUAUUUGCUAUGUAGUCUAAUAAUAUUAGAUUUGUAUUUUACUUAUUCUAUUUAAUAUUCCAAAGAAAGAGAGCUUCGUGAGGGGUGGUGCUUUAAUAUUAAGCAAUUUUGCUAGUCAUAAAGUCAGCCUUUAAGGCAGUAUGUAAUGGAAUCAAUCAUAUAUUUUUAUUUUCUUUAUUUAGAUUUAAGAAUUCCCAGUUAUUUUUAAAAAUGUAUGUGUAAUGUGUAUGUGUUAAAUAUCUAUCCUAUUAAUUUAAGUUGUAUUGUAAAUUGUAUUUACACCUUUUAAUAAACAUUCCUGCUUGAUAAUA